AUGCAAAACCUGAUGGAUGGCAAAAGCUACCGUAACCUCAUGGAGAAGUUGUCCGUCUGCACUGAGACUCAGCACGUACAGCUGGCUAGGCCUUUCUGUGCCGACCCGCUGGCCAUGUUUCACGUGUGCCCAGAAGCACCAGACAAGGUCACUUGCCCUGAAGAUUUGCCAUUUCUUCCUUUUGUGUCUGAGCAUCUCAUCCCAGAGAACUUCUACACUGAGCCCUGCACUUUUCCCUACCAGAUGCCCUAUUCCAGUUACCGCAGCAGUGAGUACUCCUCUGGGCCGGCUUUCAUCAGGAAGAGGAAUGAGAGGGAAAGACAGAGGGUUAAGUGUGUCAAUGAAGGCUACGCUAAACUGAGGCAUCACCUACCUAAGGAAUACUUGGAGAAACGGCUCAGCAAAGUAGAGACGCUCCGUGCUGCGAUAAAAUACAUCAGCUACCUACAGUCUGUUCUGUGCAGUGACUCUGUGCUGCCAGAAAAACAUGCCAUGGAGCCAAGCCAAGCACCUAAAGCAAUUAACAAACAAAACCAGGUUUUGAAGGCUAUCUAA